UCUCUUUCAGUGAGACACAUGUUUAUUCAAACACAAGAUACCCCCAAUCCCAACAGUUUAAAGUUUAUUCCAGGAAAACCAGUUCUUGAGACAAGGACCAUGGAUUUUCCCACACCAGCUGCAGCAUUUCGCUCCCCUCUGGCUAGACAGUUAUUUAGAAUUGAAGGAGUAAAAAGUGUCUUUUUUGGACCAGAUUUCAUCACUGUUACAAAGGAAAGUGAAGAGUUAGACUGGAAUUUACUGAAACCGGAUAUUUAUGCAACAAUCAUGGAUUUCUUUGCUUCUGGCUUACCCUUAGUUACUGAGGAAACAUCUUCAGGAGAAGCAGGAUCUGAAGAAGAUGAUGAAGUUGUGGCAAUGAUUAAAGAAUUGUUAGAUACUAGAAUACGGCCAACUGUGCAGGAAGAUGGAGGAGAUGUUAUCUAUAAAGGCUUUGAAGAUGGCAUUGUACAGCUGAAACUCCAAGGUUCUUGUACCAGCUGCCCCAGUUCAAUCAUUACUCUGAAAAAUGGAAUUCAGAACAUGCUGCAAUUUUAUAUUCCAGAAGUAGAGGGUGUAGAACAGGUUAUGGAUGAUGAAUCAGAUGAAAAAGAAGCAAACUCACCUUAAAAUAAUUAGAAUUUUCUUUGGGCCCAGCAGUUGGACUUACUGAUAAUAUAUACCAAGCUUUUAUUAUUAAUCUGCUAAGGAACUUGAGGAUUAAUAAAAUAUGCCCCUUUUUUGGAGACUGAUAUAUAAACAUUGCAAUGUUUGCUUUACCUCAUAUGAGUUAUUUAUAACAUCCUGAAUCAUCCUCUGUACACGUGGAUUUUAUCCAGGGAUAUUUUAAUGUUUGUUCUUUAUUUCUCAUGGUUCCUUCUUUGCAUAAUGUGUGAAGCAGUUCAUUUUCCCUCAUUUAAUUUAUUUACUUUUUUUAUACAGAAGUAAAUGAAGAGAAUGCUUAUAAAAAUACUCUAAAAUGG